AUCAUCAUCAUCAUCAUCAUCAUCUAAUCUGUUCUUGGUGUUCAACAAUGGUGAAAGAGGAGGUGGUUCUUGUGAGCUUCUGGUCAAGUCCUUUCGGUUCCAGAGUCAAAAUCGCGUUGGAAGAGAAAGGUAUUCAUUAUGAAUACAAAGAAGAAGAUCUCUUCAACAAAAGCUCCUAUCUCUCUACAAUCAAUCCUGUUCAUAACAAAGUUCCAGUUCUCAUUCAUAAUCACAGAUCCAUAUGUGAAUCUCUAAACAUAAUCGAGUACAUCGACGAAGCUUGGAGCGAUCGAUCUCCUCAAUUCCUCCCUUCCGAUCCACACCAGAGAUCACAAGCUCGAUUUUGGGCCGAUUUCAUCGAUAAGCAGCUAUAUGAAGCAAGUAAGAAGAUAUAUAGAGAGAAAGGGGAAGAACAAGUGAAUAAUGGCAAGAAAGAGGUACUCAGAAUUUUGAAAUUGGUGGAGUCAGAGCUUGGUGAGAAGGCCUUUUUUGGGGGUGAUAAUUUAGGGUUUGUUGAUAUAUCACUCAUACCAUUUUACAGUAGAUUUUAUACAUGGGAAACUUUUGGCAAAUUCAGCAUUGAAGAAGAAUGUCCCAAUCUUGUGGCAUGGGCAAAGAGGUGUAUGCAAAAACAAAGUGUUGCCAACUCUCUCCCUGAUCCUCUCAAGAUUUAUGACUUCAUUGUAUCUCUCAACAAGUAUUAUCACAAGUAAAAUGUCGUUUUCCGUUUGUGCUUUUUUGUCAACUGUGGGUGUUUAGAGCAAUAAAAUUCCACGGGGCCAUGAAGAACAGUUUGGAAAAUCUAUGGUGGUGGGGAGUUUUUGUCUCGUUAGUGAAGUGUUUAAAACCUAUAAUGUAUAUUGUACGUUUAUGUUCUUAUGAAUUACUUAUCGAAUACGUAUAUGAUAUGAAAAUCUGCUUUAAAUAUCGUUUUUAGAGU